AUGGUGCUGCUAGUCCAUCAUAUCUCAAAAGAUGGCUUCUACAGCAUAGAUGGUAAAUCGUUCAUUCUCUCUAUUGUGAUUGAUGGACCCCAAGCUCCAGUGAUCUGGUCUGCCAACCCUGACGAUGCUGUAAACAGUGGCGCCAUCUUAAACUUCACCAGAGAAGGGAGCUUGCUCCUUCAGAAUGACGAUGGUACCACGGUGUGGUCCACCGCCACAAACAGCAAGUCAGUUGCAGAGGAUUCAUCAAAUCAUUUUUCAGCAUUUCUCAAGAUAGAAGGCAAUCGGUCAGAUAAAAGGAGGAUCAGUAUUGUUGUGGGCUCAAUUGCAGGAUUUUGUCAAAUAUCUAUCUUAGUUUGUGCAGUGCUUGGCGCUGGUGGCUUUGGGUCUGUAUUCAAAGGUAAGAUAGGAAAGGAAACUAUCGCUGUCAAACGCUUGGAGGGUGUCGAGCAAGGAAUGGAAGAGUUCUUAGCAGAGGUCGAAACAAUUGGUCGAAUCCAUCACUUCAAUCUCGUAAGGUUGGUGGGCUUCUGUGCUGAAAAAUCACAUAGGCUUCUUGUGUAUGAGUACUUAUCCAAUGGCUCUCUGGACAAAUGGAUCUUUCAACAAAGUCCAGUCUUCACUCUUUCUUGGAAAACUAGACGCCAUAUCAUUUUGGCUAUUGCUAGGGGUUUGUCUUAUCUCCAUGAGGAAUGUGAGGAGAAGAUUGCCCAUUUGGACAUCAAGCCACAGAACAUUCUUUUGGAUGACAGAUUCAAUGCAAAGGUCUCAGACUUUGGACUUUCGAAAAUGAUAAACAGGGACCAGAGCAAAGUCAUGACUCGAAUGCGAGGAACACGUGGAUACCUAGCACCCGAGUGGCUGGGCUAA